CUGCCGAUCCCGAGUGGAGCCGGCCGCGGCAAGUGAGCGCACGGAGCCCGAGGAGACGCCGCGCCCCGUAGACGCCCCGGCCGGUCCCCGCCUUGCGUGUGGGGCCCGCCGGGAUGGGGAGUCGCCGAGGCCUGAGCCAGCCGCGGGCCGGCCUCUGCCUGCUCCUGGCCUCGCUGCAGCUUCUGCUCCGGACGCAGGCCGCAGACCCUGUGGAUGUGCUGAAGGCCCUGGGUGUGCGAGGGGGCCAGGCUGGGGUCUCUGAAGGGCCUGGCUUCUGCCCCCAGAGGGCCCCGGAGGGUGACCGGGCAUUCAGGGUUGGCAAGGCCACCACACUUGGCACCCCUACGUGGGAGCUUUUUCCAGAUGGGCACUUUCCCGAGAACUUUUCCGUGCUGAUCACUCUGCGGGGCCAGCCAGCCAACCAAUCUGUCCUUCUGUCCAUUUAUGAUGAGGGUGGUGCUCGGCAGCUGGGCCUGGCUCUGGGGCCAGCUCUGGGUCUCCUAGGUGACUCCUUCAGCCCCCUCCCCCAGCAGGUCAACCUCAUGGAUGGCAGGUGGCACCGUGUGGCAAUCAGUGUGGAUGGCAGGAUGGUGACUCUGGUGGCCGACUGUGAACCUCAGCCCCCCACGUUGGGCCAGGGGCCUCGAUUCAUUAGCACAGCUGGACUCACUGUGUUGGGCACCCAGGACCUCGGGGAGGAGACUUUUGAGGGAGAUAUUCAGGAGUUGCUGAUAAGUCCGGAUCCUCAGGCUGCCUUCCAGGCCUGUGAGCGGUACCUUCCUGGCUGUGACAACCUCGACCCUGUAGCCACAGGGGCCCCCCAGGGUGAGCCAGAAACUCCAGCCCCUCGACGUAAGGGGAAGGGAAAAGGGAAGAAAAAAGGGCGAGGUCGUAAGGGGAAGGGCAGGAAGAAGAAGAAGAACAAGGAGACUUUGACCCCAAGCCUACCUCCUGGCUCCGUGGAGAACCAGACCUCCACUGACAUCCCCCAGACAGAGACACCAGCUUCAACUUUACCUCCGAUUCCCACGCCUUUGGUCAUGACCACCACUGUGACUAUUGGCCACAAUGUCACCAUGCUAGAGGGGCCCCUGGACCCUGACAGUGGAACAGAACUGAGGACCCUGGAGACUAAGUUAGCCAAAGAAGACAAAGAAGGAGGUGGCCCUACCAUUGUCCCUGUCUUCCGGGCAGCAGAGCAGCCGUCACAGACUCAGUUCCAGAUUUUUUCUGGUGCUGGAGAGAAGGGAGCAAAAGGGGAACCAGCAGUGAUUGAACAGGGACAGCAGUUUGAGGGACCUCCAGGAGCCCCAGGACCCCGAGUGAGUGAUGGCUGCACCCCCCUCUUCCUUUCUAUUCUAGUUGGGGUAUUUGAGACCCGGGGGUGGAGGGUUGAGGUGUAACAUUGCCAUAUCGUUAAAAGAUCAUUGCAUAUUUGAGGCUCAAAGGGUGAAUCAAAAUAGGGGUUGG